AUGCUCUUACACGGGCCACUUGUACUUACAUCGUCGACUGGAGAGCCGAAUUCCCCCCUUGAAGAGGAUGCUAGCCAAUCACCGGCCAAAACCUCUACUGGUGCUAGUUUUGCGUCUUCCAAUGACUCUCUUCCUCUCGCCUUAUCGUCUCUACCUGGCCUCCAGCUACAUCAUGGCCAACCCAGCAAUCAUGAAAAUAUUGAGGAGCCACCUGGCAUAGGACCUCGACGAUCUGCAAAUCGUUGUUCAGACGCUGCCCAGACCCGAUUUAAGUCGAUUAUCGUACAUAGGAAUUUAGCUGGUGGAUUCACAGAGAUAUGGAUCCAUUCACCUGAGUCGCUCUUAAAGAACUCACUUAAUAUCCAGGUGCUUCAGGAGUUGACAACUGCCCUAACUCAAGCUAAACAGGACACAAAUCGUCUUGUCUUGCUGUCCGGCCUAGGUAGCGUCUUUUCUUCAGGCAUCGAUUUAACUCAUGUCACCGGCCGCUUGCCCUCUCGCCGCACUCUUCACUCACUCGAUUGGCUUCGUCGACAAUCUCACUCGUACAAUCAAAUGUGCGCGUCCUCUUGUAUUUGCACCUCAUGUUCCGCUGGUGUCUGUGGGCCCCAAACAGUUUCAAAUUUUGGUGAAAAUGUCACCGCGUCUCUCGACACCAACGGGUCUAGGGCAGGGGUUGGGGGUUCAGGCAAUAGUGCAAGCUCUUUGCUCUCCGAAGAUGUGUCAUCAGGAUGUGGCUCCAUUUACUCAGAGGGUAUUGACGACCGACAACGGUCAUUCAGCUGCCAGGGUACUGGAGGCGUGACCGUUAUUACCAAUUUGAACAAUUUUGGUGGACUAGUAGGGGAAGAGGUCGAAGUGAGUCGCAGUAGUGCUGAGAAAACUCCGGCUGGCUUGGAUAGUCUCAGUGUGAAGACGAAUGCCAGCAGCAGCUCAACUCGCGGAAGCGAUGCCGGACAGAUUCAGCAGACAGCAUCAGCCCCUUCUCCGCCACCUGUAAUUUGUCGCUGUGCCUUCUGUUUGAGUCCCCGUGGUGGCGCAGGUCUUGUACCCAGGGCUCCACUAGCUCGACUCGAUGCCGGUGCAGCAGGUGCUCGUCUGGCGGAGGUGCUGCGCACUUUCCUCCUCCACCUAGUGGAUUUUCCUAAGCUGUUGGUAGUCGGCGUCAAUGGCCCUGCUCUGGGUCUGGCCUGCGCUAUUUUGCCGCUUGCUGAUCUUAUAUAUGCAAGUGACACUGCCAGCUUCCAUCUCCCUUAUUUGCGCUUAGGGCAAAUCCCUGAGGCCGGAGCCAGUUACACGCUGUCUGCUUUGGCGGGAAUUCCUCUGGUUAGUUGUCUAUAA